ACAUAGUACAUGCACAAAUGGGCAACAUGCUCCCAUGCUUGGUCCAAGCCAGCAGCAGUAUCAUGCCCCGCAUAAACACCAAACAAUGGUCUCGCUCCAUGAAAUUCCUCUCAGGAACCCUCCACCGCACCAAGAAGCGGCCCCAUUGCAGCAACAGGGUGGCCAAAGCAGCUGCCAGAAGGGAGACGACGUCGCCGUCGGCACCAGAUGACCAAGCCACCUCAAGAACAAGAAGCAGAGGAGCUCCCAGCAGGAACGGCCACAACCGGCGUGUCGUCAGAGUCAAGGUCAUCCUAACCAGGGCGGAGGCCGCGCGGCUCAUGUCCCUCACCACGCACGGCGACAGGACCGCCGAGGAGGUGGUGGCCGAGUUCAAAAGGUCGCAGCAGACCACCAGCUCCAAAGCCUCCGCUGCCCAAUUAGUCAUCAGCGAGCUCAAGAGGAUGGAGGCACAGGCACUCAUCGCCCGUGCUGAUACCUCUGCAUCAGUGUUGGCGGCGUGGCGGCCGGUGCUAGAGAGCAUCCCCGAGCAGUGGUAGUAGUUUCUCAUAUACACAUCAUGAAUACCAUUCAUUCGCACGUGUGCAUUGUUCUUCAUUCAUCAGUCAUCAGUGUCCUUGAUGUUCCUGUGAAUCGUUUUAGGUUAGUUCGUAUCAUUUAAAUUCACUA